AUGGCUUACAGCAAACGCUCAAUCGUCACUGUCCUCAGCAUUAUUUACCUCGUAGCUCUUGCAGUCGUGGCAUGCUACGCCCACUACUGGAAACAGCUCCUCUCCGUCCCGGUUCCAGGCAUUCUCAGCGGCUUGGUCAUCAUUCUUCCAGCGCUUCACGGCAUCUGCCUAGAGCGCCUCACCCGGCUUACCCAACCUGAAUUUUCGCUGACGCUGGCAUCGCCCCCGAUUGGCGCACGCAAUGCGCGUCACCACCAUAUUACCAUGCUUACUCUCUUGGCACUAACCAUUUUUACCACCGUCUUGGCAACCAUGGCGGGCACCCAUUUGGCACCUGCAGAUGGUCUGACCUGCGGGUUGGACAAGAAAUGGCUCAAACUAUUCCGGAAUACCCAGGGCCCUGAGAUACGCAGGAUACAGGACACGUUCAAUUGCUGCGGACUCCAUAGCAUCGAUGACAUGGCAUGGCCUUUUGCAAAGCACGAAGCUGGUAGGACGGUGCCCAGUACGUGCUGGAGAACUUAUAAGCGGGAAAAAUCCUGCUUUGGGGCUUGGAGGGAGCAGGAACAGAUUAUUUCCGUGCUGAUCAUCGUCGUCUGCGGGGGUGUUUGGCUCUGGGAUAUGAUCAUCCUCUACAUGCCCGGUCGACGCCCAUCGUGGCUGACGCGCGUUGCGAAUGGUACCAAAUCGAAUGGUCAUGUCGGUGCCAACGGACACGCCCAGCGUGGUGUAGAGUACAUUGACACGGAAAACGGCGGUUACCAUGAUACGCCCAUCAUUCGUGUUGAAGAUGCUAAUGCUGACGCUGAGGUGGAGUCGGAGCAUUCACUCCGGUCAAACGCAGGAAGCGUGCAAAGAGCUAUCGAGGCUCGUUUGGGUAUAGACGGUGAGCGUGAUGAGCAUCACACAUUGGUCCCGUCUUCCCAGUCAAAUCUUGAAGAGAACGAAUGGAUAAGGUCCUAG